GCGGCUGGACGUGCGGCAGCGUCUGACGGCCGCGCAGCUGCAGCGGCUGACGGCCGGCGCAGCCGCCGCCGACCAGUACGGGCAAGCAGUGGCCGACAUGACCGCCUGGCUGGCGGAGGUGCGGGCCGAGCUGACGGCGCAUGAGGCCGUGCUGGCCGCCAGCCGGCCGUCGCUCGGUCAACAGCAGCGCAUGAAGACGAUGCGGGACGCGCUGGGCCGCUGCCAUGACGGGCAGCAGUACCUGGCGGCGGCCAGCGGACCGGCCGAACUGCUGCUGGCCGAGCUGGCGCCGACGGCGCGCGAGGCGGUGCGAGCCGAGCUGCGCGCGCUGAGGGACGACUGGGAGCGUUUGCUGGACGGCGCCAACCAGGCGCUGAAGCGGCUGGACGCACUGGUGCUGCAGCUCAGCUCCUUCGACGACUGCUUCCGCCAGGUGGCCGGCUGGCUGGAGAAGAUGGAGGCGCAGGUGGAGGAAGAGCCGGAGCCGCGCGCCACGCUCUCGGAGAAGGCGGCGCUGCUGCGUGAUGAGCUGGCGCGCCGCCAAGAGGUGCUGCUGCGCGAGCACAUGGUAUCCCAGCUGCGCCAGCGGGCCGCGCAGGCGGCCGACGUCGACGCGCCGGCCGAGCAGCUGUCUGACUGCUUGCGGCGGUACGACUCCCUGCAGCUCACCGUAGCGGAGCGCGCCGAGCGGGCGCAGACGGCGCUGGAGCGGCAUCAGCGGCACGCGCGCGCCCAGCAGGCGGUGGCCGACUGGCUGGCGGACCAGCAGGGCCGCCUGGCGGCCGCGCUGGCCGACGGCGAGUCGUCGGACGCACUGCUGGCCGCCGUCGAAUCACUGCAGGGCCGGACAGAGGCCGGCUUGUCGCUACUGCGCGCCUGUGAGGCGUCACUGGCCGAGGUGCGGCCGGAGACAGCGACCGAUGGCCGACCGGCGCUCGAGCGCGAGCUGGGCCAGCUGCAGGCGGAAUAUCACCGGCACAUCUCCGAGCUCUCCGAGCUUCGCUUUCGUCAGCAGGCGGCACGCCAGCAGCAGCAGCAGCAGCAGCAGAGUGUCCGCGAGCUGGCCGACUGGCUGCUGCGCCAGGAAGAGGCGGCCUCCGAGCCGCCGCCGCUGGACACGCUGCCGGAAAAGACAACCGAGGCGAACCGUCUGGAGGGGCUCUGCACGGAGAUCGGCGAGCGCCAGCUGCAGCUGCAGCAGCUGCCCAGCAGCGGCCAGCUGCAGCCGCUGCAGGCGCGCUGCCAGCAGCUGCAGACUCAGCUGCAGGAGCGGGCGGCGCGCAGCCGACAGAUGGUGGUCGAGCACGAGGAGUACGACACGACCCUGGCCCACCUGUAUGGAUGGCUCGAACAGGCGCAGGCACAGCUGGACGACAACAGCGCGGUGGUCGGCCAGCCGUCGGUGCUGAAGGAGCGCCGCCGCCGGCUGGAGGAGCUCUCAGACGAGUGGUGCCGCCGCGGCGGUGACGUGGACGCGGCGCUCAGCCUCGGGGAGCGGCUGUACGCGCACACGGGCCCGCUCGGCCGCGAGACAGUGCGCUCGCGCAACACGGACCUGCGCGCCAGCUGGGAGCGCCUCAGCGACCGGCUGCAACAGAGCUGCGGCCGGCUGGACGACUGUCUCCAGCAGCUGGCCGAGUUCGGCGAGUCGCAGGAGCAGCUGACGCGUUGGCUGCGGGACGUGGAGCAGGCCAUGGCCGCGCACGCCCAGCUGCGCGGCACGCUCCAGGAGAAACAGGCCCAGCUGCAGAGUCACGAGCUGACACACCAGGAGAUCGGCGCGCACCAGGCGCUGGUGGCCGACGUGUGCCGGCGCGCCCGCGAGCUCAUCGUGCAGACCCAGGACACCUCGCUGCAGGCGUACGUCACCUCCAUACAGGCGCUGUUCGACACCAUCCGACUCAAGUCGCAGGAGAUCCUGGAGCACCUGUCCGAGUGCGUGCGUCGUCAUGACGAGCUGCAGACGGCCAGCCGGCAGCAGCAGGUCUGGCUGACAGCGCAACGCGACCAGCUACUAGCGGCCGACGACGUCAGCGGCGAGCCGGCCGCCGUCCAACAGCGGCGUGACGCUGUCCGGAAGGCGCAGCCGCGGCUGGCGCAGGGCCGACGCCAGAUGAAGCAGAUCCACGACGCCUGCGUGCACACGCUGCUGGGCACCUCGGAGUCGGGCGGCACCGCGCUGCAGGCGGCCGUCACCGCACUCGACGACGACUGGAAGGCGUUCGAGAACCAGUUCGCGACCGCCGACCGCCGCCUGAAGGAGACCCUGGACCAGUGGAGUGAUUACGAGCGGCGGCAGAAGCAGCUGGCCGCCUGGUGUGCUGAACAUGAACAGCUCUUCUCCCAGCUGCAGCUGCAGGCCACGCUGGACGAGAAGGUGGAGGUGCUGCGCAGACUGUCGGCCGCCCGGCAGGCCAUCGUGGAGCGGGAGGCCGACGUGGACGAGCUGAUCGAUCGCGGCAACGGCCUGGCUCAGCUCUCCGGCCUGGAGCGGCUCAACAGUCAGGUGAAGCAGCUGUCGGCGCGCUACCAGGAGCUGCACGUGACGUCGCAGACGCUGCUGACCAAGUGGCAGAACAUGGUGGACGACCAGCGCGCGUACGACGAGAAGCUGGCGGAGGCGCAGGCCUGGCUGCAGCAGCCCGCCGACGACCAGCCGGAAGACGGUCAGCGGCUGGUGAGCAGCCUGUGCGCUCUGGGCGAGCGGCUGUUCCCGAGCAGCUCCGCCGCCGGGCGCGAUCUGGUGCGCCAGCAGAUGCGCGCCGCCCGCGACACGUGGGAGGCGCACCAGGCCGACACCAGGGCUGCGCGACAGGAGGCGGCGGCUCGCUCGCAGGCAGAGCUCUCCUGCGCCGAGGCCCUCCACCAGGUGGACAGCUGGCUGGAGUCGGCCGAGCGGCUGCUGGCCACCGAGCCCGCUAGCUGGCUCUCCGCCAGCGAUCUCAAGACCAAGGCACACAAGCUCAAGGACGUACAGAGUGACGAGGCGCAGUACCGCCGGCUGCUGGACGGCCUGGAGCCGCGCCAUCCGCUGCUGGCCGAGCCGGCGCGCCGCGCGCUGCAAGACGCCGCCGCCCGGCUGCAGACCGUGUCGGCCGAGACGCGGCAGCAGCGCGAGCGGCUCGACUCGCUGCUCGACCAGCUGACCGCCCACCAGGAGCUGGUGCGCGCCCACCACGACUGGAGCCGCGCCACGCACGACCAGAUCCACGCCGUCUCCGACACGGCUGGGGGUCGGACGGCGCUCGGCCAGCGGCGGUCGCGGCUGAGCCAGUGGUCCUCGUGCGAAGCGGCGUUAGAGUCGGUGGUCGGCUGGCUGAACGAGGCCGAGGCCACGCUCAAGAACCACUACACGCACAAGAGCACGCUGGAGGAGAAGGGGGAGCAGCUGAAGAAGUUCCAGGACCUGGACGCCAGCCUGCUGCAGCAGGAGGGCCGGCUGGACAAGCUGGCCGCCGAUGUGCAGGAGCUGAGCAGGAGCAGCGGCGACAACCGCAUGACCUUCAUUGUCCAGCAGGCCGUCUCGCGCGCCAACAACGUCCAGGUCAUGACCAAGGAUCUCCUCUCUCGGUAUGAGGAGGGCGUCCAGGAGCACCGCGCCUACGUACAGCAGUACAACACCUACCUGGCCGAGUUUUCUGGCUACCAGGAGCGCUUCGCGGCCGUGCAGGUGGGUCUGGACGCCGGCGGUCUGGGUGCGGAGAGUGGACACCGUCAUCGUGCCGAGCUAGCGAUGUGGUUCACCAGCUCGGCCAGCUGA